GUGAUCUCGCAGGCUGCCUCCGCUCCUCUCCAGUCAGGCUCCUGCCUUUCUGCCGGCUGCAGCUAAUGAGCCUUUGUUUGGGUGAGAGCAACACGGUGACAGAAAGGGAGUUGAAGUGAGAAAGUCUAUCGUCUUGCAACAAUAAAGCAAAUGGCACAGGCAGAGCUGGAAAAUUACUAGUCUCCCUCAAACUCCUUUCUCAUGCCUGUGAGGUCACUGCAAGUCAGACAAAACGGGAAUUUCUUCAUCUUCUUCGAAUAACUCCAUUUGUGACUGGGUGGCUGCCCCCUCCGUGAGAAGAGGUGACAGGAGUCACACACUCCAUCAGCGGAUACAGGUGCAGAAUCCGGCAGGCCAUGAGCGGAAUACUGAAGAGAAAAUUCAAGGAGGUGGAAGCCUCCUCCUCCUCCUCCCCGUGCUUGUCUGCACGGGAGUCAGAUGAUGAGGUCUCCUGCAGCGAGAGUGGGGAUAGCAGCGACAGUGUCAGCCUCUCUACCACAGGUCAUUUCACUUCUGAUUCAAUACUGAAGCGGGAAAAGCGUCUACGUACCAGAAGGGUGCAUUUCGAGAAUGUGACGGUGUACUACUUCACCCGGCGGCAGGGCUUCACCAGCGUGCCCAGUCAGGGGGGCAGCACGCUGGGCAUGUCUAGCAGGCACACCUGGGUCAGACAGUACUCUUUGGGAGAAUUUGCACUGGAGCAAGAGAGGAUCCAUAAAGAUAUGCUCAGAGAUCACCUGAAAGAGGAGAAACUCAACUCCAUCAAACUGGAGCUGACUAAGAAUGGCACAGUGGAGUCUGAGGAGGCCAGCACUCUGACAGCAGAGGACAUUUCUGACGAUGACAUCGAUCUGGACAACACUGAUGUGGACGAGUACUUCUUCCUGCAGCCUCUCACUACAAAAAAGCGACGAGCACUUUUGCGCUCCUCUGGAGUGAAGAAGAUCGACGUUGAGGAGAAGCAUGAACUUCGGGCCAUUCGCGUUUCAAGGGAGGACUGCGGCUGUGAAUGCAGAGUUUUCUGUGACCCAGAGACCUGUGCAUGCAGCAUUGCAGGAAUCAAGUGUCAGGUGGACCGGAUGUCGUUUCCGUGUGGCUGUACAAAAGAGGGUUGCAGCAAUACAGCCGGAAGAGUAGAGUUUAAUCCCAUCCGGGUUCGUACUCACUUCCUGCACACCAUCAUGAAGCUGGAGCUGGAGAAGAAUCGCGAACAGCAGCAAACGUCUUUAACCAACGGUUACGGCGGGGAAAUUGGUGAGCUGGGAAGUGGAAACCCCUUUGUUCAGGCACAGCCCAGACUACAGUACUCUUUGCCAGACGCCGUCCCACAGACGACUAGCAUGCAUUUGGAGACUGCAGACGAGAUGGAGGAACCAUGUGAUGAAGACGAAGAGGAAAAUGAUGAUGAUGAGGAGGAGGAGGACAAUGAAGAAGACGAGGAGGAUGGGAGCAGUGUCUGCAGUAGGUUGUCUGACUCAAGCACCCAAAGUUUGGCCAACAGUGACUCAGAGGAGGAGGAGGAGGAAGACGAGGAGAAAACUGGGCAGUUAGAGGGUGACAUAUCAAACCCAUCGGUUUCUCAUUCCGAGGGGACUCUCUUGUCUUCUGUGGUGUGCUACAGUGACGACAACCGCAUAAAUGGAAAUACGUACCUAAUGAACUCUCCCCCCAAUGAGUAUUAUCAGCUGAGAAACUCCAGUGCCGGCUCUAACGGACAAACCAGUCAACCUGCUGAACCGUACGGGGGAGCUUUGUCAUUCCAAGCAUCAGUCAGCAACAGCACCAUGGUUCAGACACCGUUCAGCCUGACCGCUGAGCAGUAUGCAGACUACUCCCAUCAGAGGGAGGGGCAAUAUGCAGCCUGCCACCACUUCCCCUCAGCCAACCCUGUGACAUGCUUCACCCCUGACCAGAGAAAGAAACUGUUAUCCACAGCUGGGUUUGUGGAGCCCAAUCACAACGAGUUUCAGAAUUACCUAAAUAAUAAUAAUAAUAAUACGGGUUCCUACAGCAGCUCAUGUAUAACAGGUGAACAGCCUCUGCAGAACUCGGGUGUUAAUGGACAUUCUGACCUCACCUUGAUAGCAAACAAUCCUAAAAACAUCCCUUUAUCAGACCAUUGCUCUGAGGUCACAGCCAUUUAAACAGGGCCCAUCCUUUGAAAAAGUUCCUUUUAAAGUCUGCUUAAGCUUAUAUGAUGAAUGUCUUAUUUUUAAAGUAUCCAACCUUAAGUUUCAAAACGGUAAACAGCAUUGUGACACAUUCCGACUAUGAAGCCAUAGCUUGUAGGACAAAACUUCACAACAUUUGUGCUUAAUUGCUUAAAGAACAGAUUCUCUCAAAUAAUAAAACUUCGCAGUUCAUGCCAUGCUUUGCAAUGUAUUCUGUAAAUCCAUGUGUAAAGUUCUAGUUUAAAGCAGACACUGGACAUUAGGUAAAGGUUUUCUGUCUGCUUUGUGUCAAAUGUGCAAAACAAGUUUCCUGUCAUUUCUUUAUUGAUGACUUCUAAAUGUAACUAUUUAUUGUAAAUGAUUUGAUAAAAGUACGCAUGCUGUUACGGAAGUCUGUCACAUUUGAGAAAUUGCUCAAAUUAUGUCCAUAUACUGUGUGUGUGUGUAUAUAUGGACAUACUCAUUGCUGGAUGUCUAAAAAGCUUGAAUACUCUGGACUUCCUGUUGUAAAGACCCUACAUUUUUUUUAAGCCUGCUGCACUUAUGCACAAUGUUAGCCAUUAGGAUGCAGCGGUUUAAAAUCAUUGAUUCUUUAUUGACCCAGAUGCUCUUUAAGAAUCCCAUAAACUGUCACAUGACUAAGAUGUUCAUUUAUGGAAAAUCAAAAAGUAAGUAUUAAGCCUUUUAUCUGACUGAUACGACUAAUUUAACUUGAAAUGUUAGCUGUUUUUAGAGAAAAAAUGCAAAAAUGAACAAAUGUCAAGAGUUGACAACAUUUAAUUGUUAAAACACUGACAUUUCUUGGCCAACUAAUACCGGUACAACCAAAGAUUAUUUUCAAUUUUGUGAGAAAAAUAAUUGAAUUUUUCAAACAUUUAAUGACAAAAGAAAACUUGUAAUGAGUUUGAUUUAGCAGAAUGGGAUCUUUAUGCAGGUUGGAAAAAUUGUGGUUUGCUCCUGUAGGAAUGAAGCGGGUGGUUUUUGUGUUUAUUUAAUUGUCAGGGACCUCCCACAGAAAGUAUAUACUAUCUAUGGGACCUCCAGAGUAAUUAUUCAUGAUACAGAUGAAGAGUACUUACAAGCAAUCAACCAGAUUCUUAAAGCCUUGUGUGUUUUUAUUGUGCCAAACUAAUGUGAGAUGGUAAAAACAAUGAUUCAUUCUUAUAAGAAUCUUUUUUUUUUUAAAUUCAUCUCUUUUGUAUGAUAUAUACAAUUGUGUAUUUAUUGGGGUUUACUAAAGUCUGUAUUGAGUAAAAUUGCUUUGUUAUCUUUAAAAGUGAAUUUAGUUUAACAUACAUUAGUGAGUUGUGAAGCUUCAUGUGCCCGAUUUAUUUAUUAAAUUCCAGUUUGGUAAAAUGCAUACGUUAUGCACAAAAUGGUACUUUUUUUUACUUCAGUGUUUACUUUCCAACUGUAAAUAGAAAGUACAUCAUCCAGUCGCUUUAUUUGAGCUUUUUUUUUCUAAUAAAUUUUAUUAAAAAUAA